AUGCAUCGACCCCCUCCUCUUGUCCGUGGGCUAGCCUUGAUUUCUUCGAUGAGUUCACGGAGUUCUUCUCCGGUCAGGUUGUCGCUACUGGUCUACUUGCUGGUUUGGGUGGGCUUCGGCUUCGGUUUUGGUUGGGCUAUAUGGGCGCUCUUGUCAUUGGUCCGGUUGCGAUGUUCUUUGGCUCGCCGGUUGGUUGGGUUUGGGAGCUAUGCCUUUGUUGGCUUGCCUCCGUUUGGGCCUCGCCCGGCUGACUCGCCGAGUCCGCCUCUUUAUGGCCUCCUCGCUCGUCGUCUCAUAUUCUAA